CCAUCCAUCCAUCCAUCCUUCUCUGGUCCUGUAUGGUGGAAACCAGCAGGUCUAGCGCCCCCCUAAGUCUACAGUCAUAACCCUUCAUCCAAUCCACGGGGACAGACAGGAGGACCGCUGCUCUGUCACUUCAUCUCCCCGCUCUGGAGCGGUGCUGAGCAGGUGAGAGAGACUCGUGAAGGACACACGGACACACGCGAACCUGCUACGGAAGGAAAGCCAGGCAGUCCUGCUAAUGUUCCAUCAGCUGAGCUUCUAGCUGUAACCCCACCAGGUGGUCCUCACUUCAACAUCAUGCUGCACCUCACCCUGCUCCUCCAUCUCCUGGUCCUCUCUCUCUCCCCUGCAGAUGCAUCAAUGCACGAGGAGGUACCCGACUUUUACGGAGCAGACGAAGCCACAGGUUACGGGCCAGUGUUUGAGGAGCAGCCGGUGGACACCAUCUACCCCGAGGAGUCGCCCGAGGCGAAAAUCACCAUGAGCUGCCGCGCCCGGGCCCAUCCACCUGCCACAUACAAGUGGACGCUGGACAACACGGAAAUCGACUUGAAUGCACAAGGCAACCACUACAGAUUAGCAGGAGGCAACUUGGUCAUCAGCAACCCUGUUAAAACCAAACAUGUAGGACAGUACCUCUGUAUGGCUACCAACAUGUACGGCACGAUCAUCAGCCGAGAGGCUUCGGUCCAGUUUGGAUACCUUGACCUUUUCUCGUCGGAGGAGAGGGAGUCGGUGUACGUCAAAGAGGGACAGGGGGCAGUGCUGCUCUGCGCUCCCCCACCACAUUAUCCAGCCGAGCUGUCAUUCCGAUGGAUCCUCAAUGAAUUCCCCACCUUCAUCCCGCUGGACAAAAGGCGCUUCAUCUCCCAGAUAACGGGUAACCUCUAUAUCUCCAAGGUGGACUCCUCCGACAGCGGCAACUACUCCUGCAUCGCGUCCAGCCCAUCCAUAUCCAAGAGCGUUUUCUCCAACUACAUCCCCCUUGUACCUCUGGCUGAACGUCCCAUCAGGAAAUACCCUGCUGACCUCAAGGUCAAGUUCCCAGACACCACUGCUCUGGUGGGGCAGAAUAUCACUUUGGAGUGCUUCGCUUUGGGGAACCCCGUCCCUGAGAUCCGCUGGAAGAAGUUGGACGGACAGCUGCCACCCAAUCACGAGGUGCGGAUGGCAGGGGCCCAUUUGCACCUGAACAAUGUGCAGUUUGAAGACGCAGGCAGCUAUCAGUGCGAGGCGGUGAACUCGAGAGGAAAGGACUACCACGCUGCACGUGUGUCUGUAGAAGCUUUUCCUGAGUGGGUGGAGCACAUCAGCAGCACAGAGAAAGACCUCGGUAGGGAUUACACCAUGUCCUGCAUAGCCAGUGGCAAACCUGAACCACGCAUCCGCUGGCUGAAAAAUGGAGAACCGUCUUUCGGGAAAGAGAUGAGGUUCAGCAGCUUGACGUUUGACGAUUCAGGGAUGUACCAGUGCAUUGCAGAGAAUCACCAUGGCAUCAUAUAUGCCAAUGCAGAACUGCGUGUGUAUGCCUGCGCUCCCACAUUUGAACAUAACCCAGUGAAGAGAGUCAUGGUAGCUAAAAACGGCCGGGUGGUGAUCGAAUGUCGACCCAAAGCAGCUCCAAAGCCCUCCUUCUCCUGGAGCAAAGACACCGAGCUCCUUUCCAACUCUACCAGGGUGUUCAUCUGGGAGGACGGGAGCCUGGAGAUCCUCAACGUGACUCGAUCAGAUGAAGGCAGGUAUACCUGCUUCGCCGAGAAUGACCGGGGCAAGGCUAACAGCACGGGCGCUCUGUUGGUUACAGAGUCCACAAAGAUCACCUUGCCGCCGUCCAACGCUGACGUUAAAGUGGGUGAGAGCACUACGAUGCAGUGCACCGCGUCACGUGACCCCUCUCUGGACAUCACCUUCAUCUGGUCUGUGGAUGGACGGAUCAUUGACCUAGACAAGGAGAGUCAACAUUAUGAACGCACCCUGAAUGGAAGCUUAAACGGCGAGCUACUUAUUAAGAACCUCCAGCUGAAGCACGCUGGACGCUACACCUGCACCGCACAGACGCCCAUUGACAAUGUCACCGCCUCUGCCCACCUGGUUGUCAGGGGUCCCCCCGGUGCCCCAGGUGGGGUGCGAGUGGUGGACAAAACUGACAAGACUGUAACGUUGCAGUGGAGCCGUGGAGCAGACAACCACAACCCCAUCUCCAAAUACACCAUCCAGUACAGGGACUCCUUCUCGAAGGAUGUCUGGAAGAAUGCCACCACAUCUCCCACAGACGUAGAGGGGAAUACAGAGAUGGCCACAGUGGUGGAUUUGUUCCCGUGGAUAGAAUAUGAGUUCAGAGUGAUUGCCACCAGCGCUUUGGGGACAGGAGAGCCAAGCAGCCCGUCACCUAAAGACAAAACUAACGGAGCAGUUCCUAUGGUGGCGCCCUCGGACGUCAGCGGCGGUGGAGGGACUAGCAGAGAACUGACCAUCACGUGGAAGCCUGUACAGCCACAGUACUACUCUGGGCCUAACUUCGGCUACAUCGUGGCCUUCAAACCACACGAUGCAUACGAGUGGAGGAAGGUGAUGGUAGCUGACCCCCAGGCCAAGCACUACGUCCACAAAGACUCCGCCAUCCCUCCGGCGACGGAGUUUCAAGUCAAAGUCAAAUCGUUCAACGACAUAGGAGAGGGACCCUACAGCCUAACAGCCGUCAUUUACUCUGCACUGGACGCUCCAUCUGAAGCUCCUGUACCUGUUGACAGCAGAGCGCUCUCUGCCACAGAAGCCAUCGUGGUGUGGCUGCCUCUGCCACAGAGCAUUGUAGAUGGAUACCAGGUGAAGUACUGGAGGUAUCAGGAAGACAGUGAGGGGGUUGCCAAGACGGUGAUUGUAACCAGCAGUGAGAACCACACCAAGCUGGAGGGUAUGAAGCCCGACUCCCACUACCUUGUUGAGGUUCGGGGCUACAACUCUGCCGGAUAUGGGCCGGCCAGCACGCGCCUCCAGAUCUACACCAAGAAAGCCCCUCCAAGUCAAGCUCCCAGAAUAAUUGGUCAAAGGUUUAAGGGCCCGUUAGUGAAUAUUGCCUGGGAACAUGUGGAACCACUUCCUAACGAGUCAUCGAUAGAUGGUUACAAAGUGCUGUUCAGGCAGGAGGGCCACUCCUCGAGCACUCUGUACACAACCAGUAAGCGGUCCAUAGACAUUCUCCUGCCCGUAUAUGGGAACUAUGUGGUGGAGGUUCGGGCGCAUUCAGAAGGGGGAGACGGGGCUGUGGCAAAAAUCAGCAUCACAGGUGGAGGUGUCAUGUCCGCCUCGUCUCUCGGCGUCCUCUCCCUGCUCCUGGUGGCUGUCCUCUGCCUGAACCUCUGAAUGUAGCGCCAUCUUUGUCUUCACUUCCCGUGAAGGAGACUCUCUAUGGUUGACGCCUAUAAGGACUUUGGGACUCUUUCCACAAUCUUUCGUUUCCGCCCCCGUAAACCCGGGACGUCAUAUUCCAAAUCUUCCCCCUCUGGAAUAUGUUUGUGGAAAUAGACAUGGAAAAAUUGGAAAUGGACAAAGACAUCCCUUAUUUAUCCACAAAAAAGCCUCUUUGGAGGAGCGUCAAAGGAGUUCUGUCAACUUUUUAAAUAUGCCUUAUAUAAACAACUGCACUUAUCUUUCACAAUGACUUGUUUUAAAAUGGAUCAUGACUGAAAGUGUGAACUUUACACUUUAGGUUGGCCGUUAAGUCUUUUUACAUCAUGAAGCCAACCUUUCUUAUAUAGAUAAAGACGCUGUUGGUGCAGAAACGUGGGCUUCAUUUGAUCAGUGUAUCCUACAGUGCAUUCCAUAGUAUAAGGUAAACAAGUAUCUGUGAAGGAUAAGUGUAUGAGUUUAUAAAAAUGUCUUUCUGUCUUUCUUUACUUACAGUUCAGUGACAGUUUUCUUCUAUUGUGUUUUUAAAACGAAGCACACCCUUUGUUACAGAGAUACAGUCAAAGCAAAUCUCAUGCUUUCAUACCUGAUUUUUAUUAAUCAUAGAGGAAAGAGCAAUUUAUGUCAUGCUGAAAUAAUAUAUCCAAUACUUGAUUUUGCUAUCUAAUAUACUAUGGAUGUUAUUUGAAGAAAAAUAGAUUGGUUUUGACCUGCAAUCGAUGCUUAUUUACAAAUCAUAACAUGAGCUCUAUCGAACUGAAUACCACUUUCAAAUUGUGUGCAUGUUGACUUUGUUACAUGGAAGAAAAGUUUGAAAUGGUUCAGAAGUGUUUCGGGCACAUGGAUCCAUAUUUGCAAAGCUGAAUGUAAAGCAAACCACAGGAGCAGGAACUGAACUGAACAACAUAUCAGACAUCAAAUGUAAAAACUGCAGCAAA